AUGGCUGACAGCUACACCUUCCCUAAGUGGGAUGACUUUUCCUUCCCCAGAUAUGCUGGGUCCAGACUGGCCUCGCAGGUCGCCCAAGUGCUUGACACAGCUGGGGUCCCGAAUGUUCUCUGGGGGUCCCUUGCGAUGAAUGUCCUGGGGUGCCCCGAGGUAGGAGAGGACACCCAGCUGAUUAUUCCCGACCGCUUUGCCCAGGCCGCAACUGAUGCUAUAUCUGUAGCUGGUCUGAAUCCCUGCCCCCACGGCAGCACCUGCGGAGUCAUCAAGGGCCGCGACGAGCCCUACCCAAAUACCCACUUCCACAUCAACGAAGACGAAGUAACCCAAACUGUUGACUUCUAUAGGAAAUCCUCCCUGAUCUGGUCUCUCCCCGACAUGAAACCCGGAAACCCAUCCACCAACGACAGAACCUACAUCCUCGCCAGCGAUGCGCGCCACCCAGUGUCCCAUAUCUGGAAGGGUGGCACGUCUUGCGGCUCCGGUCCAUUUCCUAAUAACUUCCCUCCGGUUAAGAUCCUGACGAAGAUUGCGCUGGUCGAGGCGCUGAUUCUCCUCUGCUGCCGGGAUUUUGAUUCUAGGAACCCGCAGCGCGGAGUCUGGAUUGAUGCGCUGUCCUCCAUGGCGACCUUUGUCGUCCGUGACCCGGACCCCAAGGAGCUGGAUCCUCGGUUCUCGGUCUUCUGGAAGUGUAUUAAAGAACGUGAAUCGAAGACCGCUUGCGAUAUUUUGGGGGAGUUGAGGGCGGGGUUGCUUAUGGCUGGGGAGUUGCCUCCUCCUCCUAAGCGUGCUGAUGAUUGA